AUGCCAACUUCUACUCCCGCGGCUAGAUUCCGACAACGGAAAAUCUCAGUCAAACAAACUUUGGCAGUAGUCAAACAAACAGAUAUCCCCGAUCUGGAAGAUGAACAACAACGAGAGCUUCAACAGAUUGAAACGGGUGUGGAAAAGGCCGAGGAAUCGGAACACCACUUGAAGGAGGUUAUGAAUGCUCAUGCCGCUGCAACAAGUGGUGCAAAGGUUGCUCAAGUCUACAUUCCCACCCCUGAUGCAUCGAAAAAAUGGAGUGAAUUCGCCAAAUUCUACAAGGGCAAGUUUACCCCACCAGCUGUGUAUAUUCGAACAUCAGCUACUGUAGAAGAUACAGAAGGAUGUCCGUAUUCUAUGGAUGAAGAGGAUGAUGCGUUUUUGCAAAAGAUGAAUGAAGAAGCUAUUGCAGAAAGUAAAAAAGCAUCAUCAACAGGAUCCGAUUCUAAAGCAUCUUCGCCUAAUAUCUGUACUCCAGACGAGUUUGAAAUGAUAUGUCAUAAAUUCGAGUCUGUAGUGAGUGAAAAACAGCCUUUUUUAUCGACGGCACCUAAUUCAUUAUUAUCACUGGAAGAAUUGUCUGAAACAAUUAUAGAACAGAUUACCCAGGCAGAGAAUGAUCCAUCAUCUCCCGAGUUUUUACUACGAAACAUGUCAGCAUCAGCACUUGCUAGUCCAGGUGCUGGAAUGUAUACACCAUUGUAUCGAAAGGGCCCACGACCACUGGUUAAAAGCUUUCAGCUGUUUUCAGCUAAAAUAUAUCCUCAUUAUAGAGAGCGCAAGAUUGCGCGAGGAGGAAAAUCGGUCUUUCCAACUCUAAAAUUUGAAGACAAUUCAGAAAAAGACGAUUCUGAUCCAUAUGUCUGUUUUAGAAGAAGAGAGGUUCGUCAAGUACGAAAAACCCGUCGUACCGACAUGCAAAGUUCCGAAAGACUUCGUAGACUGCAGGCAGAAAUGGAAGCUGCUCGAGAACUUGUCGAAUUGGUUGUCAAGCGUGAACAACUUCGAAAGGAAGCUUUGAUGUCGGAGCUGAAUAUCUUUGAGCACCGUGUCAAGGUCAAGACUUUGAAGAGAACGCUUGGUAUUAAGGGUGAUGAUGAGGAUCUGGUGGCUCAUAAGAAGAAGAAGGUGGAAGAGAAGAAAGUUGGCAAAGAUGGCAAACCUCUUCGUAAAUCCACUGGUACAGGACUCGGCGGUGAAAAGGGUUCAUCAGCAGCAGCUGUUGCGGCCGCCAAUGCUAGUACUGGAUCAGGAGCUGGUACCACUGGUUCAUCAAAAGCUGGUUCUGGUACUGGUUCAAGCUCUGCUCCAGCGACUGUAAUUAUUGGACCAGAUGGUGUUAUUACAUCUACCGCGCCAAAUGGAGUCAACCAAGUGGUUCCACCAAAUGUACGACUUCCAGCAUCCAAGAUCCCCGAUAUGGACUUGUUGUCUAUUGAACAGGUUCUUCGUGAGAAGGAAAUGGCUAUUCGUAAUGCAGUCAAGAGUAAACUCAAGACACGUGCUCAACAAGACCGCGAAUGGGUUAAUUAUACUGAUAACCCAUUUGUGCCGUAUUGUGACUAUUUCGAUCCUGGACUGGAACGACAAAUGUCGGAGCAUGGACGUAUCAUGGACGCCAAACAUUCUGCAUAUUCAUCAAUUGCAUCUUCCUACCCACCAUCUACAGACAUGCUGUUAAAAUUACCAUUAGCAGCAAGUUUGGGAUCUAGUUAUAGUAGUCGUGUCGAGGUGAGUCCUGUUGUUAUGCGUACAGCAUUAAAUCCUGAGACAGGCGAUUUGGAAUUGAUUGCCAAGGCUGGUGAGAAAGAUAUGAAUGCCAGUGGUAGUUUCCAAGUGCCUCGAUUCUCGUCAACAUCGCUUCGAAAACGGAUUGGCAGAGGUGGUCGUAUCAUGGUUGAUCGACGGGGACUUGUAGCCAGACCAGUGUCGUUAAACGAUGAUGUUCUUGAUAAGAAUACAGACGAUGUCGAGGGCCAGCGGUUGGUUGACCGGUAUAAAUACGAUUCUGAGAACCACGCUGAUAACAUGGAGUUUGCCUGUAGCGAUCCAUGUCGUCUGAACGGAAUCUCAGAUGCCACCCAGUCGAUUAGAUUUGGAGGCAUGCUGUUAUCCAAAGCGUAUGAAACGUAUCGGGAAGCGUAUCAACAGCGUCAGCAACAGUUACUGAAUCUGCAGCAGAAGUUGAUUCAACAGCAGCAGUUGCAAUUACAACAGCAGCAACAACAGAGACAGCAGCAGAUUCAGCAACGUCAGCAACAACGACUCCAACAACAACAGGCCCAGCAAGCUCAACAACAAGCACAACAGCAGCAACAACAGCAGCAAGGAGCGAAUCUGACUCCUGAGCAAAUUCAAUUGCGACAACGUCAAUUGCAGCAAAUGCAACAACAAAUGCAACAGCAGCAGUUGAAUGGAGGCGGAGCAGUGACAGGAGCUUCUGCUAAUGGAGCCAGUCAAGCAACUGGACAACCACAAUCACAAGCUCAAUUUCAAGCUAGUCAAGCUCAAUUAGCAGCUGCUGCAGCAGCUGCUGGAAGGACUACACCUUUAAUACGACCACCACCGUCUGCUACCAUGGGAGUUAAUGGAGUUCCAAAACUGCCACCUACAACACAAGCUGGAGGUCAACAAUUGACUCCACAGCAACAGCAACAGGCUAAUAUUGCGUUAUUGAAGCAACAACAGGCAGCUAAGCUAGCAGCUCAACAGCGUACACAAGCACAAAUCCAAGCCCAAGCACAAGCUCAGCAGGCCAAAUCGGCACCCACACCACCUCCUCGCUCGCCAUCCACCAACAGCCCAUCGAGCUCCACUGCAUCAGCCACCCCAACUCCAAACCGAGUGGUCCCCGUGAGAAAAGUCGAAGCCAACGUGUGA